AUGGGUGGCCUAACCAGGCGCAAUGGUCAGUUCAUGUUCAACGACUCCUUCAAUGCUUUGCCGUCGUUGGCUCUCUCCAUUACGCCCAUUCCUGCUCUUCCAGAUCCAACACUGGAAGCUCCGACAAUCCAUUCCGUGAUUAGCAAUGACGGCCCUGCCGCAUCAGCCACUCUCGGCUACGCUAUUAAUCAUUUCGGUCUUCUCACCACGAACCUCGGCGCCAUGAAGCACUUCUACGGGGAUAUCCUAGGCAUGCGCCACAUCUUUGACGCGCACGUUACACCCGAGUAUACCCGCGCAGAGCUCGCACGGGACAAGAAUAACCUGUACGGGCUCAUUGAGUUGGUGCAAUUCAAGGUGUCGGACGAUCAUCUUGUCGCAUCCACCAAGCGCACCAACACAUUUGGCCACGUUGGUCUGAUUGUGCUCGAUGUCGAGAAAGCCCAAACCUACCUGGAAGGCAAGGGCGUCACGAUUCUUAAGAGAGUCAAAGAAUCGAUCACCGCAUUUACGGGACCGGUUCAGAACGCCUUUGGUAUUGGCGAAUUUGCCGGGGAGCACAUUGCGGCGAAGACGGCUCUCGUUGCUGCUCAGAGCUUAAUUGGCCUGGAAAUGUUUCUUAUGAUUGAAGACCCUGAUGGAAAUCUGGUUGAGAUUCAGCAGCAAGAUCCCCCGAGUGCUGGCUCGAUCUAA